AUGCGCCUGGCUUCCCAGUCCAUAUGGGCACUCGUAGGUGCCUCUGUCUACCUCUCUGCCGUCGCCAGCGCCGCCGGUGUCCUGGAUAUCGGUCUGGUUUUCCCCCGUACCAACGCCACGUAUUCGCUCUCAGAUGACUUCCCCAUUGUAUUCGCCGCUCAGAACUCCAAGCUGGCUGAGCAUCUCAAGCUCUCCAUCUGGUACCAGGUCCUCAACAUGACCGGAGAUAUCGAACUCCUCGUUGACAGCAUCCGCGAGUUCGACUGGACCAGCGCCUCAGAGCACGACCCCUAUCUUUUGUGGAGCCCUCUCAAGCUUGGAGGCGAGAGCAAGCUUCGCGUCCUCUGGAAUUUGCACUGGACGUCGUGCAACCAGACCCACCAAGAGGUCAUCCUGGCGCGCAACAGCACAGAUAACUUCUUGGUCGACUUCGAGAUCAGAGCGAGUGGCCAAAAGGUGGACCUCGUGGCCGCCACCAACAACGGCAAUAGCGCGGACUGCCCGAACAGGGGAGUGGGCAUCGACGUGACUGACAAGACACUCGAGGCUGCGACCGGACUCUUGACACAUGAGACCUGUGCGGUUCUUGGCUCUUCGUCCCCCACACCAAUCUCGAACCCCUGCAAAGUCAAGAUUGACAAGGCUACAGUCGAGAGUAUGGCAGCUGUCGACCUCGAAAAGAUGUGCAGGGGCUUCAACCAGCCGAGCGAGUGUCCAAAGAGCGGUCUCGCCAAUCCCCGAUUUGCUGUUGCAGGAGUUUCUACUCUCGCCGCGGCUUUUGGUGCUGCACUUUUCCUCGCUUGA